UAUCGCUCAUCGCGUCCAGUGUGCGAGGGCCAUAAAAAGGGGGCUCUAAAAAAGGGUUAGGUAGCGAGAAGAAAAAAAAAUAAUUUCUAUAAAUUGGAAGCUUUUCAAUAAACAAAAAAAAAAAGAAAAAAAGAAAAAAAGAGAAUAUACAAAAUGGAAUUCGUCCACUCUGAUGUGGAGGACUUGAUAGUAAAAAGAAAAGGCGGCGGAAGUAUAAUUGAUCAACGUCCACUGUUUUCCAGCGACGGAGAAACUUUGCACAUAGUGUGGAAGAAUCUCAUAAGGGUAUACAGCACGCAAACGGGAGAUUUUGUGCGAGAGUUUGAGCCGUCGAAUUACAGAAUUGCUGGAAUAAUAGUACAUACGGAUAAUGCCAACGUUAUUAUCGGUUGUACGGAAAGCGGCGAGUUGGAUUUCUGGAAUUGUCAAAGUGGCAUUAUCACCAAGAAACUACAAUUAAAAUCUGUAACAGAUAGCAAGGCAAAAAUUAAAACUUUUCACGUUACAAAAUAUAAAACGUUUCAAGGAAAUGAGAUAUGUCAAGUGCUAAUAACUUAUCUCUCUAACUGCGGGAACAAAAUAUAUAUACUUUUAUUUGAUAUAGAGAAUGGAACAUGCAUGAAAUCAAUAUACAUCUUCACAAACUCACGAGAGUAUUACGUUGAUAUAAUUGGAAACCAUGAACAGAAUUUAAUAGCACUUUUACAUGAUGAAAAUUUACAUAUAUUAAAUCCAGCUAGAAAUUUAGUCGAUAAAAUACACAAGACUGGCAACCCAAAUAGAUUACCUACUUGUAUAGCGGGACAUCCAGAAGAAGAAUGUGUCGCCACAGGAGAUUUGACUGGUCGUGUAGUAGUAUGGAGAAAUUUAUUCCAAACUAGACCAUAUACAGCUGUAUUUCAUUGGCAUACAUUGCCAGUUACGGAAAUAGUAUUUAGUAAAUCAGGUGGCCACAUGUAUACGGGUGGUGGUGAAUGUGUAUUAGUAAAAUGGACUCUAGCAAAUCCACAACAUAAGUCUUUUCUUCCACGAUUACCAGCACCUAUUAAACAUCUCACUAUUGCGCCUGACAAUUUAUAUGUAGCUGUAUCGACUUUAGACAAUGGUAUUGUUAUUGUAAAUCCUCAAAGAAAAUUGACAUCAGUGAUACAAAACUUUACUUGGGGCGUUGCUCCGUCGUCCAAAGACUUGUUUCCCGCGGGACUUAUUGUCGAUCCGAGGACAGGUAGCCUCGUUUUAAAUAGCCGGACUGGCCACGUUCAAUUUUACAACACUCAUACAAAAAAUCUAUUGUAUAAUAUUAAUAUAACUGCACAAAAUUUUCUUACCCAAGAACGCGAUGUAAUUAUUGUAAAUACUGAAGUUACAAAAAUAGCUCUUAAUCACGAUGGCACAUGGAUGGCAACAGUCGAAGAACGAAAUGAUAAAGUUUCAUCUAUAGAAGUUAGAUUAAAAUUUUGGAUAUAUGAUGUAAAUGAACAGAUAUUUAUAUUAAAUACAUCCAUUGAAUUACCUCAUGAGAAUGGAGUAAAUGCAUUACAUUUUCAGCCAAAUACGAUAUUUGACGAUGGAGAAUGGCUAGCAGUCACAACUGGGAAGGAUAACAAAUUUAAAUUAUGGAAUUUAGGAAAAUCGUCUACUGUAGAAAAACAACAUUGGUAUUGCUACGGAGUAGGAGACUAUCGUAAUCUAGCUACUACAGAUGCUGGUUUUUCAAUGGAUGGUUCUUUAUUAGCUAUUGGUUUUUAUUCUACUCUAACUAUAUGGAUACCUGAAAGUUGCGAGUUAAAAUCCAGUCUUACACAUUCUCAAUAUAAUCAUCCAAUAACACGAAUAGAAUUUGGCAAACACGAGGCCUGUCACCUUGUAGUAGUUGCAUCUCAGCAACAUAUAACAGUUUGGAAUAUUUUAACUCUUGCUAUAACAUGGAGUGUACCUUUGAAUGUUGUUAGUCUCACAUACGAUCCAAAAUCGACGUACAUGGCAGCAUUUACAUCUGAUAAUUCAUUGUACGUGUUUACGCCACAAAGCGCGACACCUGUUUAUAAGAAAACGUGUCUUAUCGAGAGUACCAGUUUCAUAUUGGCAGCUACUUUCGUACCUCAUCUACAGGAAAAACGCAAUCCUUCAUUUGGUCAAUGGCAACGAAAAUCGCAACUAUUCUUUUUGGAUUCAAAUCAAGAAUUGCUCACAUUGGAGCCAGAAUCUGAAGCGGCUAUUUCUUUAGAAAUCCUUUCAAAUAAGGGAACCAUACCGCUGACUGCUUUCUCCAACUUUAUAGCAACUCAAAUAUCUUCGAGCAAAGAGCAGACUAUCGCACAAGUUCACGAACAUCUUGGCACAUUGGCAAAAGGGAUGGUAAAAGAAUUGCUCAGUGUAUCGGCUCACACUUUGCCGCCGAUGAAAUUGCUAUGCUCGUCAUUCGUCUUGUCGUUGACGGGGCAACAAUCGUCGAGAAACCGUUUAAGAAACGCCGAAUGUUUUAGAGACAGUGACGACGAUUCAGCUCGAGAUGAUUUGUCGGAUUUAAGUGAUAACGAGAUAUCGCGGUUGACAAAACCCGCGGUCACACCAACCAACGAAGAUGAGGACACGGACGAAUUGAGCGUACAGCUUAUCAAUCACGACUGGUCCUUCCUAUCCACUGUACUUCCCGAUCAAGACAACAUCGUCCAUUGAUCCAUAGAAAGAUCGCCAUGUUACGAUGAGAUCCAUAAACUGAUCAAUUCUCGAGACAAAUGAGUUUUUUUCCUGUUAACUUGCUAAUUGAAAUACUACAAAGCGUUUCUACGAAA